CGCAGGGCAGGGGAAGGCUGCUCCUCGGCUGCCAGAGCCGGGGCGGGGGCGGCGGGCGCGCCGGGAAGGCCGGGGCGGGGGCAGGGGCGGCCGGGGUUGGACCAGUUUCUUCCCCCGGGCGAGGCGGGCGGAGCCUCGGCCGAGCCAAGCGCCUCCCUGCCCGGCGGCCGCUCUGGCAGGCGGGGCUGGCGCGUCCGGGAGGCCGGCCCGCCUGCCCACUGGUGCCCGAGCGGAGCGGGAGCGCUUCCGGGUGGCUCCCACGGCCCCGCCGGCCGAAGGCGCGCCGUCCUGGCAGGCUGCGAAGAUCGGGCGGACAGGCCGGGCGCCGUUCGGCCCUCUUCCGCCUCCGGAGUCCGUCCGCAGCCCGAAGGAUGCGGCAGUAGCGGGAUGGUUGGCUGCGCGAUCUGGCAUGUCGUCCUGGACGGCCGAGCUAAAGGAGGGCGCUUCCGCGGCUAAGUUCUUCCUGGGCUGCCGAGAUGAGGAGGUGGACUUCCCGGGAGCAGAGCUGAAGAUGGAGGAGCUGCCCUUCUUUGAGGAUGAAGAGGAGGAGGAGGAGGAGGAGGAGGAGGAGGAAGAGUCGCCUCCAGAACGGCAGAUUGUGGUUGGCAUUUGCGCAAUGAGCAAAAAAUCCAAAUCCAAGCCCAUGACCCAAAUCCUGGAGCGGCUGUGCAAGUUUGAAUACAUUGCGGUGGUGAUCAUGGGGGAAGAUGUCAUCCUGAAUGAGCCGGUGGAGAAGUGGCCGGCCUGCGACUGCCUCAUCUCCUUCCACUCCAAAGGGUUCCCUCUGGACAAAGCCGUUGCUUAUGCCAAGCUCCGCAACCCUUUUCUGAUUAACGACCUUGAUAUGCAAUAUUACAUCCAGGACAGGCGGGAGGUGUACCGGAUCCUGCAGGAGGAGGGUGUAGACCUGCCUCGUUAUGCGGUGCUCAAUCGGGACCCCGAUUGCCCAGAGGAAUGCAGUCUGGUGGAGGGGGAGGACCAGGUGGAGGUCAAUGGGGCCGUUUUCCCCAAGCCCUUUGUGGAAAAGCCGGUCAGUGCUGAGGACCACAACGUCUACAUCUACUAUCCCUCUUCGGCUGGCGGGGGCAGCCAGCGCCUUUUCCGCAAGAUUGGGAGCCGCAGCAGCGUCUACUCUCCAGAGAGCAGUGUACGGAAGACCGGAUCGUAUAUUUAUGAGGAGUUCAUGCCUACAGAUGGCACGGAUGUCAAGGUCUACACGGUGGGUCCCGACUACGCACACGCCGAGGCACGGAAGUCCCCUGCUCUUGAUGGGAAGGUGGAACGGGAUAGCGAAGGAAAGGAGAUCCGGUACCCAGUUAUGUUAACAGCCAUAGAGAAGCUGGUGGCCCGAAAAGUCUGUGUGGCCUUCAAGCAGACAGUGUGUGGCUUUGACUUACUGCGGGCCAACGGCCAGUCCUUCGUCUGUGAUGUCAACGGCUUCAGUUUUGUGAAGAACUCUAUGAAGUACUAUGAUGACUGUGCCAAGCUCCUUGGGAACAUCAUCAUGCGUGAAAUGGCUCCCCAGUUCCAGAUCCCCUGGUCCAUCCCCACGGAAGCAGAAGACAUCCCGAUUGUGCCCACCACUUCAGGGACAAUGAUGGAGCUACGGUGUGUGAUUGCAGUUAUAAGGCAUGGUGAUCGGACCCCCAAACAAAAGAUGAAGAUGGAAGUGAAGCAUCCCAGAUUCUUUGUUCUGUUUGAAAAAUACGAGGGCUACAAAACUGGGAAGCUGAAGCUGAAAAAGCCGGAGCAGCUUCAGGAGGUGCUGGACAUUGCUCGGCUGCUGGUGCAGGAGCAGGGCACUCUCGGGGAUGCGGUGGCUGAGGAACAGAAGUCAAAACUGGAGCAGCUCAAGACCGUGUUGGAAAUGUACGGGCACUUCUCUGGAAUCAACCGCAAAGUGCAACUGACCUACCUUCCUCAUGGGCACCUGAAGGCAUCCAAUGAGGAGGAAGAUCUCAAGGAAGCCUCCCCAUCUUUGCUCUUGGUACUGAAGUGGGGGGGUGAGCUGACUCCUGCCGGCCGAGUGCAAGCAGAGGAGCUGGGCCGAGCCUUCCGCUGCAUGUAUCCAGGGGGCCAAGGAGACUAUGCUGGUUUUCCAGGCUGUGGCCUCCUUCGACUACACAGCACCUACCGCCACGAUCUCAAGAUCUACGCCUCCGAUGAGGGCAGAGUCCAGAUGACGGCAGCAGCAUUUGCAAAGGGCCUCCUUGCUCUGGAGGGGGAGCUGACGCCCAUCCUAGUGCAAAUGGUGAAGAGUGCCAACAUGAACGGCCUGCUGGAUAGCGACAGUGACUCCCUCAGCAGCUGCCAGCACCGGGUGAAGGCUCGUCUGCGAGAAAUCAUGCAGAAAGACGCCUCGUUCUGCGCAGAGGACUAUGAAAAGCUGGCGCCAACAGGCAGUACAUCACUCAUCAAGUCCAUGGGAAUCAUUGGGAAUCCAGUGGAGACCUGUGAACAAGUCUUUGAGCUGAUUGAGAGCCUCACUUCCCAGAUCCAGAAACGUCUGGAGGACCCUAAGUCUGCUGACUUGCAGCUGUACCACAGUGAGACCCUGGAGCUGAUGCUGCAACGCUGGAGGAAGCUGGAACAAGACUUCCGACUGAAGAACCGACGUUACGAUAUUAGCAAGAUCCCCGACAUCUAUGACUGUGUCAAGUACGACAUUCAACACAAUGCUGGCCUGCAGCUGGAAGGCACCCAUGAGCUGCUCCGACUCUCCAAGGCGCUGGCGGACAUCGUCAUCCCUCAGGAGUAUGGCAUCAGCCAGCAGGAGAAGCUGGAGAUUGCGGUGGGCUUUUGCCUCCCUCUCAUCAAGAAGAUCCAGCUGGACCUGCAGCGAACCCACGAGGACGAGUCCGUCAACAAGCUGCACCCCUUGUAUUCCAGGGGAGUCCUGUCUCCAGGGCGCCACGUCCGGACACGUUUGUACUUCACCAGUGAGAGCCACGUCCAUUCCCUGCUUAGCAUCUUCCGCUAUGGAGGCCUGCUAGAUGCCUCGAAAGAUGCCCAGUGGAAGAGGGCCAUGGACUACCUGGGAGCCAUUUCAGAGCUGAACUACAUGACCCAGAUUGUCAUCAUGCUGUAUGAGGACAACAACCAGGACCCAUCAUCUAAGGAGAGGUUCCACGUGGAGCUGCAUUUCAGUCCUGGAGUGAAAGGCUGCGAGGAGGAAGGCAGUGCCCCAGCGGGAUGCGGCUUUCGCCCGGCCUCUGCAGAGAAGGAGGCCAGAAAGCCAGAGCAGGGGAGUCUGGAGGACCUGGCUGAGUCCAAGGGCAGUGAUGAGACAGACAGGGUGGAGGCCCGGUCCUCACAGCCUUCGGAGCCGGUCUGCAUCCAGCGCCGGUCACCCUUAACCCGGAAUCGCAAGGCUGGCUCCAUGGAGGUGUUGUCUGAGUCAUCCAAAUCCGGCGGGUACCGGCUCUUUUCCUAUGCCCGGCAUUCGUCAGAAGGGAAACAGAGUGGCUUAGGGUCACCAUGCUCAAGGCUCUUCAGCACCACAGUCCUGGGCGGCUCCUCCAGUGCCCCAAAUCUUCAGGACUAUGCACGCAGCCAUGGGAAAAAGUUUGUCUCCAGCUUUCUGUACAAAGACGAGCUCUUAUCUAUGCCAGCCAUAAAGAGAUUUUCUGUGUCAUUUGCAAAGCAUCCAACUAAUGGGUUUGAAGGCUGCUCCAUGGUGCCCAGCAUCUACCCAUUGGAGACGCUGCACAAUUGCCUCUCCCUUCGCCAGGUCAGCGAUUUCCUGACCGCUCUGUCCGGGAGCUGUGCCGACUCUCAGCCGAGGCCCUGCACAGGUAACCCCUUGGGAGGUUACUCUGACCCCGAAGCUGUAUUGGUUUGGUUUCUCUUUGUGGUAGACAUGCCGUCAUGUCUAGUUCAGAGACAGCUUGCAGAGGGGAGCAGCCUGUUCGAUGUGGCCACUGGCAAAGGCUUCACGGAACCCUUGCCUUCUUUGGCCAGCUGCUUCCAGGAGGACCAGCCUGCUGACAAGCCCCCCAGUGAGGAACUGCUCAGCAUGGAAGAAGGGGGCCUGCAAGGCUUCAUUCCUUGGGGGGAGCUCCUGGCAGUGAGCGAGGAGGAGGCGGCGGGGCCAGAGUAAAAUCGGUUGGAGGCAGCCCCAACUGAGCAGGAAGAGCAGUCAAAGGAGGGAGAGGGGCAGCUGUGGGACCUAUGGGGCCCAGAGCCAGGCCCAGAUGGGCUGAACAGCAAAGAGGUGUGAGGGAUCUUGCUUAAAUGGCCCCCGAGCAAGGGGCCCAGGGACCUUGCCUGGGGAGAGGGGUGCAAGGUAUCUUCUGCUCCUCGGUAACACCUGGGAGACUGCCAUUCGACCAGCAAAAGCCCAGAGUGGUGAAGACUCCAACAUGGAGCCACAUCGCCACAGUGGAGCUGAGGAAGCUUCAGGAGCAGCCCAGGUAGACUGUUCACUCCAGGUUUUCCAUGGUGAGGCCACUGAAGCAGCGAUCAAUGUGGCUUUGGGCUUUGGAUGGCGUAGAAAGCGGACUGGCUCCCUGAAGCCCCUUUCCUGAAGCCCCUUUCCAGCCUUGCUGGAACCACCAAGUGAACCAGGUUUUCUUAGAAAUAUACAAAUCAGGCUGGAUGGGUGGAUGGAUGGUGUUACCAAAUGCAAAUAGUAAUAUAUUCUUCGCAUCAAUGGUUGCGGGGAGGAGGGAGGGGGGCAGAUGUCAUGUCCAAAGUGUUGGUGGUUAAGAUUUCUGUGUUUCCCUCUUUCUGAAUUAUGACACUCUCUCUAAAUCCUUGUGCUGUCUGUACAAUCUGUAGU